AUGGCAUACAAAGGCGCGACCCCCAGCACGACAUCCCUCCCGGUGUCCCCGCGCAUCGUCGCGUUCUACGAGCGCUUCUACGCCGUCUCCGACAACCCGGACCUCCAUGAAGAAUACGCCAGAUCGCUCACGCCGACGGCGACGCUGACGAUGGGGACACGCACGGCCAAGGGCUACGACGAGAUCCUUGCAGUGCGCAAGGCGAUCUGGGCCGGGCCCAUCAUCAGCCGCAAGCACGUGCUCGAGAAGAUCUUCCCGUUCAGCGAGAACGAGGUCAUGGUCUAUGGGACCGUCACGUACGGGUUGAAGAAUGGCAAGGAGGUCGUCGUUGAGUGGGCCGGGAGAACGGUUUUCGAGGACCAGGGCGGUGACGAUGGUUUGAAAAUGAAGUUUUAUCAGGUUUAUCUUGAUAGUGCACCUGUCGCGAAUGCUGCAAAGGAAUAG